AUGUUUCGCAACGUGGCUUACAUCCAAUUCUGCCUCUUGGUGGCUGCCUUGGGAACAGCUGACACUGCUGGGCACGUGCCAGUCACCACGGAGGAUGAACCGAUUGCCUGUCCCGUUGGGAUGGGCGCUUUGCGCAAGGCGUUGGCUUUCUUCGACUUGAAGGAUCCUUCCCGACUUGUGGAUAUGGCUGUCUCAAGCUUUCUUCCCGACCUGAUGGCCUUGCUUGCAGCGGCACUCUUCUUUUACUUCUUGAACCUUGUCCUCGUGGAACAGGAAGAAGAGAUCCGGUCUCUCAGAGCGCGCCUGGACGAGGCUGAAGUGAAGGUUCGAGCCACGCUGAUCGAGAAGGAGAAGGAAGCAAAGAGGCUUGGAGAGGAGACCUCUUCGCUGGGGCAGGGCGGCAGACGUCCGUGUGGGUUGAAGCGAAGUUGGACGGAGAGUUGA